UUAUUUUUUUUACUAUUAUUAUUUUGCUCAAUCCGUUCUAGCAACAAAACAUAGAACACAUUGAAUCGUUAACUUCAACAAACUGAAAUUGUUCAUAUGAAGCUAUCAUGUCACACUCCACACGCUAAAAUACCUCAAGAACCAACCUUUUCUUCAGAUAAAGCUCGUUUCUUUCUUCAAAACUGCAACAAUUUCAAACAACUGAAACAAAUCCAUGCUAGAAUCAUCCGUUUUGGGCUUACCCAUGACCAAUUACUCAUCAGAAAGCUUUGUCAAUUCUCUUCUUCUUAUGGUAAAGUAGAUUACGCUAGUUUGGUUUUUGAUCAGCUUGAUUCUCCUGAUACUUUUACAUGGAAUGUUAUGAUUAGAGCUUGUAAUACAAGUGGGUCACCUGAAAAAGCGAUUUUUUUGUUUAAGGAGAUGUAUUGUCAUGGAUUUGAGACUGAUAAAUUUACUUACCCUUUUGUGUUAAAUGCUUGUAUUGCUUCUGGUUUUAUUGAUUUUGGAAGAGUAGUGCAUGGGGUUUCGAUCAAAAUGGGGUUUUGGAGUGAUGUUUAUGUGCAGAAUAAUAUGAUGAAUCUUUACUUCAAGUGUGGGAGGGAUGUCGUUGAGGAUGGGUGGAAGGUGUUUGAUAGAAUGCGUGUGCGGAAUGUGGUUUCUUGGACUACUGUGAUUGCUGGGCUGGUUGGUUGUGGGAAAUUGGAUGCGGCGAGAGAAGUGUUUGAGAAGAUGGGUUGUAAGAAUGUGGUUUCGUGGACAGCGAUGAUUGAUGGGUAUGUGAAAUGUGGUAACCCGAUUAUGGCGUUUGAUUUGUUUGAACGGAUGCUGCUUGCUAAUGUGAGGCCGAAUGAGUUUACUUUGGUGAGCUUGAUUAAAGCUUGUACUGAUUUGGGCAGUCUUAAAUUGGGCCGACGGAUGCAUGAUUUUGCUCUGAAGAAUGGUUUUGAGGUUGGACCUUUUUUGGGUACUGCUCUUAUUGAUAUGUAUAGCAAGUGUGGUAGUUUAGAUAAUGCUGUUAGAGUGUUUGGUUUGAUGCAAGUGAGAAACUUGGCUACUUGGAAUACAAUGAUUACGAGCAUCGGUGUGCAUGGAUUUAGGGAGGAGGUGCUAGAUCUUUUUGAAGAAAUGGAGAGGGCCAAUGUAGUUCCUGAUGCUAUCACUUUUGUAGGUGUUUUGAGUGCUUGUGUUCAAAUGAAUGAUUUGGAAAAAGGCUAUAAGUAUUUCAGUCUCAUGACAGAACAUUAUGGUAUAACACCUAUCUUUGAACACUAUACUUGCAUCGUUGAACUCUAUGUUCGUGCCAAUGAGUUGAAUGAAAUUGGCACAUUAGGGAACACAAUGUCAUUGUCAAUGAAAGAAAGUCAUUAUGUUGCAGAGUUGCUUCAAGAGAGCAAACUCACUAGUAUUGAUGACAUAAAGAAAUUCAUACACAAGCAUUACACGGAUUCAGAUUUAUUAGAAUUAGUUUUAGAUCAUUCUGCAACUCCCACCCAGCCAUAUUUCAACCGUCCAUAUUUGACUUCACUAUCUUGAAAGCCAUGGGGGAUCCAAGAUACUACGAUAUUAGCGAAACAAAUCAAUGAGUUGCGACUUGUUUUCAUGUUCUCUAUCACUAUCACACCAUGUGCAAGCUUAUGUGAAUAUAUCUUCUCAGAUGCUAUUGAGAGAAGCUUGCAUACAAUAUAGCCAACUGGAUACCUCAAAUUAUGUUUAUAACAUACUACUUGAAUCAUAAUCAUCUCCAAUGAUUUUUAGCAUUAUAGAAUGAUACCAAUUUUUCUGAACAGCAAAAUGGCGUCAAGUUGAUUUUGAAGUCGUUUAUUUUUACUUUGAAUGUAUUUUGAGCUCCAAAAUAAUAAAUUUUACAUUUUUUGAUCGGGUGUUCGAUCGGCGAUGGAGGGUAUCGUCAGUGAUCAAUGCUUUGUAGAAGUUCUGUUUCUCCUUUGCUGACAGCUGUGCCUUGCUGAUUGAUGACAGAAUGUAGGCAUUGAAUGAAUCAAACUGUUCAAAUUGUAGGAUAGUGUUCUGCUAGCAUUCUUGUUUUGUUUGCUGCAAUUCAUUUUCAAACCCUUCCCCCUUCAUACUGUUGAUAAAAUUGAUUCGGUGCAGAUGCAAUUAUCUGUAUCAUCAUCAUUGUUCACACAGAUUUUGUAGACCUUAUGAAAAUGUUAGAAAUUAUCAAUUUUACUAUCACAUUUGUUAA